CGCCAAUACCAUUCUUCACUCCCUCUCUUCAUCUUCUUAUUAACUUCCUUAUUCUCAAACCUAAAAAGAAAACAUGGCUUUCGCCGGAGAAGGAGGUAGUGAUGGUCAAAGGAAACUCCGGGUUUUCUUCAUUCCAUUCUUCGCCGCCAGCCACAUCAUUCCGAUGACAGAGUUAGCUUGCCUCUUCGCCGGCCACCCGGGGGUGGAACCUACAAUUGUCACUACUCCGGCCAACGCCAACCUCAUCCGUCCAACCUUAGACCAUCACGCAGCGUCCGGUUGCCAUGUCCACCUCCUCCUCCACCCCUUCCCCUCCGUCGACCUCCCCGCCAGCGUCGAAAACCUCUCCACCGUCUCCGCCGAGGAGUCUUGGAAAAUCUACAAAGCCGUAGAACUCUGCCGUGACAUUCAUCAUAAACUUUUAACGCACCAUGUUCCAGACGCCAUCAUCGCCGACAUCCCCUACUGGUGGACCACCGACAUCGCUGGAGAACUCGGCAUCCCACGUAUAACCUUCCAUGUAGUCGGAGUCUUCCCUCAGAUCAUCAUGAACAACCUCGCCAAGAACCGAGUCCAUGACAACGUCCCCAAUGACUCCCAUCCAUUCACCAUCCCUGACCUCCCCGGACCGAGCAUCACCAUGGUCAAAUCAGAGCUUCCGGAGUUUCUCCGGCUGCAUGAUCACGUAACGCACGCAUGGGAUAACAUGAAGAGAUCACAGCUUGAGAGUUAUGGUGUGGUGGUGAACACUUUCUAUGAGCUUGAGCGUGAGUACUGUGAUCUUUUCAAGGUGGUGGAUAGCCAGAGAGCUUGGUUUGUAGGACCUUUAGCUCUGAGAGGGAAAAGAGAAGUAGAGGCCUCUUUUAACAAAGAGAGAUGCAUGAGAUGGUUGGAAAAGAAAGAGGUUGGUUCAGUGGUGUUUGUUUGCUUUGGGAGUUGGUAUCACUUCAAGGAUGAGCAGUUAAGGGAGUUGGCUUUAGGGUUAGAGGGUUCUGGGAAGGAUUUUAUAUGGGUUGUGAGAGGUGAUGAUGAGAAAAUGAAGAUGGAGUGGAUGCCGGAAGGAUAUGAGGAGAGAGUGAAAGAGAAAGGGUUGGUGGUUAAAGGAUGGGUACCUCAAGCUGCCAUUUUAGGGCAUGAAGGAGUAGGGGUUUUCAUGACACACUGUGGAUGGAACUCAGUGUUGGAAGGGUUGAGUUUUGGGAAGCCAGUGCUGACAUGGCCGUUGGUUUUUGAUCAGUUUAUUAACGAGAGGUUUCUUGUUGAGGUGCUCAAAGUUGGGGUUAGGGUUUGGGAUGGGUUUAGGAGCUCGUCGGAGAACGAUAAGGAUAAGGUGGUGGUGCCGGCAGAGGCCAUUGCCAGAGCGAUGAAGAAGUUCAGUGAGAGCAAUGAAGAAGAGAUGAAGAAGAGGGCGGUGCAGUGGAAGGAGAUCGCCGGAGAUGCGGUGGAAGAAGGUGGUUCUUCUUAUAAAGAUCUUAAUUGUUUGAUUAAUGAGCUUCUCAUGUUUAAUAAGAAAAAGAAAAAUGGCAGUCAGUGAUCCAGGGUUCACUUAAUAUUCCUAUGUUUUAUUUGUAAUUUGGUGGAAUAAUUGAUGAAAUAAUAUUUAUGUUUUCUUGUGA